CUCAACCGCGCCUCAUGUUCGCGAACACGCGGCGACAAUCAACGCGUCCUUCUUUGCAUCUCUUUCCACAACCUUCACCGAGUCGGCAUAUGAGCGAAAUGCCCGUGCCGCUCGCUGACGAGCUCUUCAACUUGGUCUUUUUGGAAUUAGACAUAGUUUCGCUUGUAGCAUGCAAACGUGUUUGCAAGCGUUUCCUACACCUCAUCGAAAGCACAGAACGUGUCCAGUACCACUUCGAACUCCAAGCAGCAUGCAUGAAGGAUGGUCCUUCUCGCUCUGGCACUGAUCUACCGGAGCUGGAUACCGCAACUCGUUUCGGCAUGCUGAAGGUGUAUCGCAGAGCAUGGGAAGCGCUUUCUUGGACAGGACCUUUUACCAUCCCUCUGUCACCGUUACCUCCGCAUGCUGAGAAGUAUGUACUGGUCGGAGACGUUCUAUGCGCUGCUGGAUCCAAGUAUCUGCAGUGUACUCGUCUGCCAUCGCCCAUCAGAGGCAUUGAGGAGCGCCAGUGGAGGAUCGACCAUCCGUGCGAAGAUAAGCCACGGAGUUCUGAGUACGGGCUAGCUAUUGACCCAGCACAAGACCUGCUUGCUCUAGCUGAGGACCAGGGCCGGGGCGCGAGUUUUAAGGUCCACCUGCUUACGCUAUCGGCUGGCGUACCUCACCCCACAUCGGCUCCUUCCGGCACCAUUUCCUACACCUACGACUAUGGCUAUAGUUACAUUUUCCGAUGGCGGUUCGAUGUUCAGAUUCACGGAUCAUAUCUGGGGCUGCUUGCCGAUGAACACUACGGGGGGGUCAACAACCAUUUGAUAAUUUGGGACUGGGUAUCUGGUCAAGUAAUAUGUGAGAUACGGGAUGAUGACAACGGCUUCAACACCGUGCAAUCUUUCACGUUCCUCCCCAAAGACCUCGUUCUUCUUGGCUUGCGCCUCGACUCGGGCCUGGAGGAUAGUCCAUGUAGGGUGAAAUCACUUGUCCAUGAUCUCGCUGCGGCUAGAUCCUUGGGUGGCCAGACCAUCACGCAAGUGGAUGACAUCCCAUAUCUCUGCGUGUUUGAGUUCCCUUCUUAUACGGGCCAGUUUCAAGGUAUGGAUAUCCAAUCCACUAGCAGCCUUGGGCAGUCCCCUCGCGCAAGCACAUGGUACUGCUCUCCGUUCAUACCCGACACCGAAUCGCAACAAGUCUCACUCAUCCAGGUUUUCGUGGAGGGAGAGCCUCAAGAGUCACUUUUUCUUCCCUUCUCUAUUAUAUCACACCAUAUCUCUUCCUAUCGCACUGAAGGCCGACAAGGUAUUCGCAUCCCAUGGGAUGCAUGGGGACCAGCCGCAUCCUUGAAGCUACGGCACGAUGGACCUUUUGCCAUGUGGCGGUCUGAGGCAAUGUGCUGCCCACAUUUGGUCAUUUUGUUUGACGACACACAGAGGGGACCUCCCCACCCGCGGCCACAGCAUCUACUCCUCAAGGACUUCAACACUUAUGCAGCUCGCCGGAACCGAGCCAACCACACGGACAUCCCUAGUCAAUGGCAUUCGUUUUCAGAACAAACGGUCCUUAUCAAUGUCGAGGGAAGAUGGGCCACACUCCUGCUGCCACAGCCAAUGAUCGACUACAUGGAUGGGGAAAUCCUUCUUGGCCAAGAUUCUAUUGUUUUUGCGGUGGGUAAUCCACGGAUAGGCAGUCCGCUUACAUUUAUGCGUAUGACGCUUGUAGAUCCGGAGAAUGUGGAAGAGAAUUAGGUGCUUCGGGUAGCGCCUUAACCCAUAGGCUGUAUGUCAGAGUGUUGACGUUCAGGGGGGCGUCUCCGAUACCCUGUCAGCACUGCCUAAGCCUCACCGGAAUAGUAAAGCCUUAGCGGGACAUACCUACUGGCUCGCGUAGUCCAAUGCAUAUA